AUGAGGUUGAAGGAAAUGUCUUGUCCCCCUUCUCCCCUCGACUGCCCUAUCACAGAAUAUGAGGUAAAAACCGCUGCUAAACGCCUCAAGAACGGCAAAGCCAAUGGACCUGACAAUACCCCCAAUGAGCUCCUCAAGUAUGGUGGGAGUGCACUAUGUGUCCAUUACGCCAAAAUCAUCAACACCUGCUUUGAAGAGAACCUGUUCCUUGACGCUGUCGGAGAAUGUUUCAUCACCCCUCUUCAAAAGCCUGGCAAGACUCCUGGUGAACUGAAAAGCCUCAGACCCCUGACACUAUGUAACUGUGCUCGUAAGCUGCUAUCCCUCAUUACACUCAGGAGAAUUGAAGCAAAGGUAGACGCUUACACAGGUCCAUGGCAAGCUGCCUACAAGCAGAAGAGAAGCUGUGGAGACCUGGUAUGGUGUCACCGUAUGUUGAUCAGCAUCGUAAAAGAAAGAGAGUGGUCUCUCCACAAGAUGGGCCUAGACAUGUCCAGUGCCUUCGAUACUAUCAGUAGGCAGACUGUGCUCAACCUCCUAGAGGACGCAGGGUGCACAAGAGAUGAGAUCAGACUAGUGAGAUUCCUCCUGAGCAACACCAAGAUCAAGGUGCGAGUCAACAACGCUACCUCCCUUGAAUUCAUCAGCACCAAUGGAGGACCCCAAGACAAAGAUGCUCUAGAAGCCCUCCUCCCUGUCGCUACUAAGGUGUUCAAAGAGUGGAAUCUGAAUAUUAAUGAAUCAAAGACAGAGUUUGUACACGUCUACAUAGCUGGGAAAGAUGAGGUCAUGGAUGAUGGUAAACCCCUUAGAAUGAAUGAAGAAUGGUGCAGUAGCAAGUUGUUGGGUUCUCUGCUAGAAAGUAGGAAAGAUGUCACCAGAAGAAUCAUGUUAGCCAAUGUAGCAUUCCAGAACUUCAAGAAGGUCUGGUGCCAGAGUAAGAUCCCCCUACAGAAGAAGCUGAAGGUCUAUGAGGCCCAAGUAGUAUCUAUCCUCAUGUAUAACUCUAGUUGCUGGGGAAUGCCUAAAUCGUACUGGGACAAACUAGAUGCAUGUCACCGUAACCACCUCAGAAAGAUCAUGAAUGUCAGCUGGCCACGCAGUAUGAUGUCCAAAGAUACCCUAUACAAACAGAGUAACUCUACCCCUAUGUCUGAGCGUGCUGAGUUAUCUAGGUGGAAGAUGCUAGGACACAUACUGAGGAGCGAUGAAAGAUCACCAGCUCAAGCUGCGCUGUGCUUUGCUGGCGAGAUGUGUAGUGAAGUUGGUAGACUCGGGGCUCACAGACGUAACCUCCUACACCACCUGAAGGUUGACCUCUGGAAGCGUUUCAUCUUGCUGGAGUCGUAUGAUGAUAUUCUUCAUUUGAGAGAACUUGCUAGUAACCGUGGUUAUUGGAGUAAAUUGUUCGACUUUAUACUUGAGUACAAGUCAAUUUGA